GCAGCGGAAGCCGCUGUUGUUGACACUCCGACCAGCGACAAUGGCGACCGAAGUGCGGCAGGAGCUUGCACAGCUUAUGAAUUCAAGUGGAUCCCACAAAGAUCUCGCUGCCAAAUAUCGACAAAUAUUGGACAAGGCCAUACAGUUUACAGAUGCAGACCAACUGGAAUCCUUGAAGGCCUUCGUUGAAGCAAUGGUCAAUGAAAAUGUCAGUCUUGUAAUCUCAAGACAAUUGCUUACUGACUUCUGCACACACCUGCCAAACCUGCCCGAUGCCACAGCUAAAGCCGUGUACCACUUCACUUUGGAAAAGAUUCAGCCGAGGGUCAUCUCCUUCGAGGAACAAGUAGCCUCGAUCAGACAGCACUUAGCAACCAUUUAUGAAAAAGAGGGAGACUGGAGAAAUGCUGCCCAGGUUUUAGUUGGUAUUCCCCUGGAAACAGGACAGAAGCAAUACAACGUUGACUAUAAGUUGGAUACAUACCUGAAAAUUGCACGGCUCUACUUAGAAGACGAUGAUCCUGUGCAGGCAGAGGCGUACAUCAACAGAGCCUCAUUGCUUCAGAAUGAGUCCUCUAAUGAACAGCUGCAAAUACAUUAUAAGGUGUGCUAUGCCAGAGUUCUGGACUUCAGGAGGAAGUUUAUUGAAGCUGCUCAGAGAUACAACGAGCUGUCUUACAAGUCAAUUGUUCAUGAGAGUGAACGUCUGGAGGCUCUCAAACACGCCCUGAACUGCACCAUACUCGCCUCAGCAGGCCAGCAGCGUUCUCGCAUGUUGGCGACUCUUUUUAAGGAUGAGCGCUGUCAGCAGCUGGCUGCUUACGGUAUUCUGGAGAAGAUGUACCUGGACCGUAUUAUCAGAGGAAACCAGCUGCAGGAGUUUGCUGCUAUGCUGAUGCCUCAUCAGAAAGCCACCACAGCAGAUGGUUCCAGCAUCCUUGACAGAGCUGUGAUUGAACACAACCUCCUCUCUGCUAGCAAACUGUACAACAACAUCACUUUUGAAGAACUAGGAGCACUUUUGGAAAUCCCUCCAGCAAAGGCUGAGAAAAUAGCUUCACAGAUGAUCACUGAAGGACGCAUGAAUGGCUUCAUCGACCAGAUAGAUGGCAUUGUGCACUUUGAGACUCGAGAGCCUCUUCCUACUUGGGACAAACAGAUCCAGUCUCUUUGUUUCCAAGUCAACAACCUGUUAGAGAAGAUCCGGCAGGCUGCUCCAGAGUGGGCUGCACAGGCUAUGGAGACCCAGAUGACCCAGUAAACACCCCCACCCCUCGGAGACAAAAAAAAAAACCCUGCUCCUUGAGUGUGUCCUUUAGUGUCGUCUUCCUGGUCAGAAACAUCACCGCUGAUGGAAACACCCACAAGGAAGUCCGGGAUCACUGGUUAGAGUUUUCAGAGAACACUUUUAUUACUCCUGUCCACCCGGAAGACUCUUGCUCAAUAUUUCAGGUCUUUGUGAGGCAUAGAUGUAAACAGAGGAGGGGCGUUAUGUAACAUUUAGGUGUGACUCUAUAAUAUUUACUUGGCAUGUUAUAUAUUUGGACAUGAUGAUUCAGAGCGCUGAAUUGCAGCAAGGUCAAAAAGAGGUGGAAAAAGCUUUCAAAUGGUCUGUUUGAGCUUCUCAGUUCCAACACAUUCACGUGUUUUUAAAUUACGCAGCAAUAUUUGUUAAAUGUACCUGAUUUAUGACGUCACGCAAACCUGCUCGGUCCACAUUUAUAAAGUUUCGGCAAAAAGAAUUAAAUUGAAAUGGUAUGAAAGGUUA